GCCAAAUAACGGCAUAAAAAAAUUAACUUGCGUAACGAAGUGACGAAUAGGAGCCACCGUAGAAUUCGGAAGACGUUCAGGAGCAUGGAGUGUAAAUCAUGAUCGAUGGCGAUGGCACUUUGCAAUAAAUUACGGCCUCUUGUUCAAAAUCUUCCCAAGAUUUCAUGGAACCAACGGAAGCUUCUCAUAUCUCCAACCGUGCCGGCACGUGCAGCAGCAGCAGUAAGAUGUAUCAGCAUCGAUCCUGCUGCAGGUCUGACGGAAGAACAGAAAAGCUUCCAGUCAGUAGCCCUCAAUUUUGCAAAGCAAGAAAUGGCACCCUACAUGAGACAAUGGGAUGAAGAGGAGAUAUUUCCCGUGGACAUUCUGCGCAAGGCAGGCAGUCUUGGAUUUGGAGGCAUCGUCGUUGGAGAAGACGUCGGAGGUUCAGGACUGACACGUCUGGAUUCCUCUGUUAUAUUUGAAGCCCUAUCCCAGGGCUGUGUCAGUACCACAGCUUACAUGAGCAUCCAUAAUAUGUGUUGCUGGAUGGUUGAUGAGUUUGGUAAUAGCAACCAGAGACACGCUGUUCUCCCUGCAUUGUGCUCUAUGGAGAAGCUUGCCUCCUACUGUCUGACGGAGCCUGGCAGUGGUAGCGAUGCUGGGUCCUUAUCAACCACAGCACGACGAGAUGGUGACCAUUACAUCCUGAAUGGGUCAAAGGCAUUCAUAAGCGGUGGCGGUGACACUGACGUAUACGUAAUGAUGGUCAGAACCGGUGAGCCAGGCCCCAGAGGAAUAUCAUGCGUUAUGGUAGAGAAGGGAUCCCCGGGACUUAGCUUUGGCAAGAAGGAAAAGAAGAUGGGUUGGAAUUCACAGCCCACACGGAUGGUCAUCAUGGAAGAUUGCAGGAUACCAGUGUCUAAUAGACUCAGUGAAGAGGGUAUGGGCUUCCAGAUUGCCAUGAAAGGCUUGAACGGAGGCCGCCUCAGCAUUGCUUCAUGUUCGCUAGGCGCCGCCCAGGCCAGUAUAGAAGCCGCAAGAGACCACCUUAAAGUCCGUAAACAGUUUGGCAAAACUCUAGAGAAAUUUCAGUAUUUGCAAUUCAGGUUAGCUGAGAUGGCCAGUGAGUUGGUGGCCUCUCGUCUCAUGGUGCGCAACGCAGCGAGGGCGCUACAGGAUGGCUCGCCAGAUGCUGUGCCGCUCUGUGCCAUGGCUAAACUCAUUACCACACAAAGGUGCUCAUGGAUUUGCAACGAAGCGCUACAGAUGUUUGGAGGUUACGGUUAUUUGAAAGAUUAUCCAGUCCAACAGUAUCUUAGAGACAUCAGGGUACAUGAAAUAUUGGAAGGCACCAGCGAAGUGAUGAGGUUACUUAUAUCAAGAGAUCUUCUCCAAGAGUAGUGGAGUCUGUUAGAAGUAGCAUCCGAAUACACAUUGAAAUUCACUGGCACAAAGCAAAUUCAAACCCCCAAAAUUGAGUCAGAUCACUUGUACUGUUGGUUAAUGAAGAUGAUAGUACAGACUCUUAUGUACAAGAAUUCCCUCAUUGGUGAAAAUGGCAAUGCAUACAGAUAUCAAGGUGCGAUUGGGCACCAUCUUGCCCACAUGUGGCGGGAGGAGAGGAUGCAAUGGAGGGGAGGCUUUGCCCCCCACUUUUAAACCUUACCCACCCACAUUUGGCUACUGAUCUUGCCGUGUGUUUUCUGUUAUAUGCAGAUUUUAUGAACAGUGAAUAGCUUGCAGAAUCCAGCAAAGUUACCUUCACAGGCUUCAUAGCGUACAUAUCGCCCUCGCUUGUUCAUGCGGAGCCACACCAAAUGAAACGCGGCUUCAAGUUUUUCAUUGUGCACCUAGCCUUUUGAGAAAUU